AUGUCUUCCCCAUCCCGCCAGACCCUCCUCGACACGACCUACAGGUUCAUCUCCCUCUUUACGCAGCCAUUUUCGCCGUCUGCCGCAUUGGGACUCCGCGCCCCGAGAUGCAUUCACCACAUUGGACCCAGCGUGCCGAAUCUGACGUUUACGGACAAUGACACGGCCGUGGCGUCGUGGGCGAAUUUGCAAUGGGCCUUUCGCAACUACCGAUUUACCGGAUCCGGGUCAUUCCGGUCCUCUUCUUCAAUUUCCAACAGCAAAGAAGAAGAAGAAGAAGAAGAAGUAGCUGGUAAUGCCAGCACUCCCAUCGUGUUCGUCGACGUCGAGGCGCGCACCACCAUCUUCCGCGUCCGCGGCGAGGCCGACACGGUCGACGGGCCGUACCGGCAUGAUAUUGUCUUUAUGCUCACCAUGGACGCCGAGGGCCGGCGGAUCGAGGUGAUCGACGAGGUGUGCGACAGCGCAUACGUGGCGGGGUGGAUGGCCAAGUUUGGGGACGAGCAGUUCAAAAAGAGGAGCGAGGAGUGGCAGGCUAGGGAGGAGGAGGCCAAUAAAUGA